CGCCCGCCUUCCGUUGUCACGCGACCACCUCUACGUCCCGCCCUUCCCUCUUUACCUCGGGGCCGCCUUGGCUGGUGGUGAGAUACCCGGUCUGCAGCUGUGGAAGUGGCGAGUGCAAGCGCAAUCACGUCCACGACAGCGACCAUGGCAGAGUAUCAAGCCCAGAAUAAAGCCAAGCUCAUCUCUGACACGCGACGGAGGUUCGAAGCUGAGUAUGUGACAGUUUUUGCCAUAGAGAAGUCAGAUAAAUACGAUCCAUGUGAUGUUGAAAGACUACAACAAGAUGAUAACUGGGUUGAAAGUUACUUACUUUGGAGGCAUAAUGUUGUAGAUGAAACACUGAAGAUGCUUGAUGAGAGUUUUCAGUGGAGGAAGGAAAUGUCUGUCAACAACCUGACGGAAGCCUCCAUUCCCAGGUGGUUAUUGGAAAUUGGUGGCAUUUAUCUCCACGGUUAUGACAAAGAAGGGAACAAGUUGUUCUGGAUCAGGGUGAAGUAUCAUAUAAAAGACCGUAAGACCAUACUGGACAAAAAGCAGCUUAUUGCAUUCUGGUUGGGACGUUAUGCUAAGAGAGAAAAUGGGAAACCUGUAACAGUGAUGUUUGACCUAUCAGAGACUGGAAUAAAUAGCAUAGACAUGGACUUUGUACGCUUUAUCAUCAACUGCUUUAAGGUUUAUUACCCUAAAUACCUCUCAAAAAUGGUGAUCUUUGAUAUGCCUUGGAUAAUGAAUGGCAACAAGACUACAAGUCUGUGUGGCCACGAGACCCGCCCCCGGGGCCACGGGAGCCAAUCCGCGUGCGUGCGCUGCCCGGCCCCGCCCGGGCGCCCUCCUCAGCGGCGCCCCUCCCUCCGCCCGCCCAACGGUCAGGUCAGUUCGUCAGGCGGGCAGGCAGCAGUUGGUCGAGCUGACGGCGGGUCGUCGGGCCUCCCUAGCGAUGCCGGUCCUCCUCCCUCCGACAGCGGCGGCGGCUGCAGCGGCGGCGGCGCGGUCCCUCUGGGAGGCGCGGCGCUGGCCGAGCGGCGGCCGCGGAACUUCGUGUCCAGCGCGGGGGCGGCGGGCGCGCGCCCCGAGGUGGUCCGCGGGCAGGUGCUCGACGAGGGGCCGCGCUGCAGCAACCUGCGACCUCGGCGAGGGCUCCCACGGCGUCGUGUGCUCGGCGCCAACGCCCUGCUCUUCCUCAGUGUGAACAUGUACGGGGUCUUUGUGAGGAUCCUGGCUGAGCGCUCCCAGAGGAAGGCCCUCCUGCAGGCCCGGAACUGCAUUGAGGACCGGCUGAGGCUGGAGGAUGAGAAUGAGAAGCAGGUUGUGGAGACGAAUUUGGUUGCUUUUGACUGUCACUGGAUCAUUAUCAAUGAGGAAAUAAAUGAUCUGGAUGUACAGGAACUUGUAAGACGGUCAAUUGGAAGGUUAACGAUUAUUGGACAGACAUUUCCAGUCCCCCAGAAUAUAAGUCAGCGAUGUUUCCGUGGCAACCAUCGGAUAUCUUCAACGUUGUGUGAUCCAGAGGAUCCAUUUGCUCAGAAUGUGGAGGCGCGGCUGCUGAUGAGCCUCCUGCCCCGGAACGUUGUCGUGGAGAUGAAGGAGGACUUCCUAAGGCCCCCGGAGAGGAUUUUCCACCAGAUUUACAUCCAGCGGCAUGACAACAUGAGAGGCAGUCUGUGCGGACUGAGAGUGUCUUCCCAAAUGUCUACAGCUGCCUGAAUCCUGUGACCCUGCAGGUGGUCUGGUCCUUCCAUGAAUCCAAAUCUGCCUGUGACUAGACCUUGAACUUGCCUACGACCUCUGGUCCUUCCACAAUGCCUCUCUCCUCUGUGCUCUGUCUAGCUCUCCUGGGUAGAUGGCUCAGAAGCGACAAGGUAGCUAGCCAAGGUUUGCAAUAUCUUAAUAUCAGAGAAUAUCCAGAAAUCACACACACACACACCAGAAUCAGGAUUUGCUUUAGCAUUUGACAGACUGACUCUAAAAUUCUAAAAUGUGGAAGUGAAAUUUCUAAGAAGAGCCAAGAUGAAACUGAACAAGCACAAGAAGUGUCCAUUGCCCUCCCAGAUGUUAAGACUUCUUAUAAACUUAUGGACAGUCAGCUGACGGGGUAAAAAUGGAGGCCAAGAAACAAACCCAAAUGGGUCAAUGUGUAGGGCCUUAGCACCUAGAGAGAAGGCCUUGCACAUCAGGAGGAGAGUCAGAGAAAACUGUCCACCUGGAGAACACUGGCUCACAGUCUUUACAAAAUAGACUCAAGAUGGACUCAAAUUUAAGUUAAUUAUAAUCAAAUACAGGGAAAACCUGUUACCAGGCUAGGGAGGGAUCAUCUAAACAAGUCACAAAGCAGAAAUCAUUAAAAGUGUGAUAAAUACAAUUAUAUUAGAAUAAAGAACUUGCAUGUCAAUAUCAUAUGCAAAGUUAAAGCCCAGCCAUCAACUCCUCCUGGCCGUGUUCGGGAUCCCGGGCAAUCCCAAGUUCAAUGCCAUCUCCUUGUCCUGGGGCCUUGCCCUGCUGCUGCUGCUGCUGCUGCUGCUGUCCGGCGGUCAAGGCUGGCAUGACCAGGUCUUCCCUAGGAGCCCAGGGGUCUGAGUAGGACCCUCGCUGUUCACUGGACACCUCAUAGGCCUGGAUGGUGGAGAGCUGCCUCCCUCUGAUGGGGCCCAUGGGGCUUAGCCCUGCUGGGAUGAUGAGAGGUCCCAGGAGGAGUGGGCAGGCAGUGGGGACCCACCAGCAGGGACCUCUUCCUGGUAGGAGAGGACGUCUCCCCGUAGCUCCAUGCGCCAGCUGAGGGUGGCUGUGCUUUGGAAUGCUUCUCAAGGAUGGCUGACUGGUCACUGAAGAAAGACUCUCAUCCUCAGGGGAGCUCAAUGCAGGGACCUGUCAAAACAAAGCACAGAGGUUGGCGUCCUGGAGGGUCACAGUGAGCUGAGCCUCAAGACGGGCAGCAAGCCCAACUGGGCACAUUGCCCUUGAGGUACAAUGACCGUGAGGCAGACCCUCCAGUUCUGCCCUCUCGAGGGGCGCCUGCAGCACCAAGAUGAAAUCUAGCACGGAACAAGAGCGCAGUCCUGCUGGGCCUGUCUUUUCCCUAGUCUUAUACGGUUCUUAGGUCAAAUUUUUAACUUACUGAUAUCAAUCAAAAAAGAUGUAUUUUAAAGAUAGGAUUGAAAAACAUGACUUUCAGGUAACAUUUUUUAAGGAAAAAAGUGUUAAAUGUUAAUGAGAUCAUCUAAACGUUGAACCUCAACAUGAAAUAGCAGAACCAUGAUGAAACUGUGUUGGGCAGGUGGGGAUGCUGAGGGUGGGGUUGGCUGUGAUGUUUUUGAAAAGCUUGUUAAUGUCCCAAUCCCAAACCUAAUGACAGAUGGGAGCAAUUCCAUCAUGGCCAAUUUUUUUUCUUCUUCCAAAAUAAAUCCACGAUUAAAUCAUCAGAGGUGCUGAAAAUACAGUUUGGGGAGGGUUCCACAUGGGAACAAUUAUCCCAUGGAGUGUGUGCUAAAACAUUCAAAAUCUGUUCAUCUUAAUUUCUCAUGGCAUUCUUAUGAGGCGAGUGUGACCAUCAUCAAUUAACUGAGGGGAAGUUGAAGCCCAGGCUGAGUGAGUGACAGGAAGCAGUUAAGGAGCAGGGACAAGCUACGGACCAGAGUGGGAGGAGCACGUCUGGCUUCACACACCAAGGUGUCUCGUGCUCGGUCAGAAAGCCAGGAGGAAGUGUCCCCUCCUCCUGGGAGGGUGAGCUGAUCAUGACCGUUUACACAGCAUCUACUGUGGAGCAAUUGGGGUCCUUUUUGAACAUCAUUUCCUUCAGUAAGACCCUUAGAAAUGGAUUAAUGUGACUGUAAAUAACCAGAAAAACAGGAUUUACUUCAGAGAAUGAGUUGCUAUCGGAAACUGCCAAACCAUUUUCCAAAGCGGCUGUGCCAUUCCUCCAUCCCACCAGCAGUGUACGAGAGUUCCAGUUCCUCCACAUUCUCAGCAGCAUUUGAUAUUGUCAGUUUUUAAUUUUUAAAAAUUUUAGUUUUCCAAUAGGAGAGUAGUGGUAUCUUGUUUGCAUAGUGGUUUUAAUUUGAAUUUCUGUAAUGACUAAUGAUACUGGCUCUUUUUCCUGUGUAUCAUGUAUUUACCAUUUAUAUAUCCUGUUUGGUGAAGUAAAGGUCAAACAGUUGCCACAUCUAAGGUAAACAGAAUAAACGCACCUAUUAAAAGACUCUCAGACUGGAUUAGAAGGAAAUCAACUCCACACUGUAUACAGUAGGAUGCACGGAAGACUAAGAGCUCAGAAGGUUUCAAAGUAGACGAUGGCAAAGACAACGAGGGAGUUACAAGUGAAAAAACGGAGGGACUUUACUAUUUACAUGGGAAAAAGCUGACUUCAUGGCAAAAUACAUUAAGACCAAAAAAGAAAAAUUCAGUGUAAUAAAAAAAAGCCAAAAUGCUUUUCUGUUAUAAUUAUCUUUGCACCAGAUAGCAUAACAUCAGCAUUUACAGAGCAAAAUCCAAGGAGAAAUAAGAAGAAACAAAUACGCUAGUGAGGAUAAUUGACUUAACAAAAAAUCCCCUAAUAGAUCAAGGAGAAAAGUAAAUGAUCCAAAUCCCAUGGGAGACAAUCAGCACUUGUUAAAGGAGACCAAGUUGUUCUACUUCAAAUAGGGACCAAGAUCUCAGAAUAAAGAAGUGGGGUGAGGGGAAAGACUGGGACGUUUACAGAAAAGAAACUUCAAGGUAAAUACAUUUUCUUACGAACACGAGCCAUUUUAAGUAAUCUAUUUAUGAAAGUGAAGUAAGAACCAUUAAUUCAGUGUUGGAAAUUUGAUAUGUCUUUAAAUAAAAGAAAAUGACACUGUAGCAUAUUGAAAGCUUACAGAUAAAAUAACUUACUAUUGUUUUACAAAUAUACAGACAAGGCUUACAGAUAAAAAACGCAGUCCUGUUAAAGAAGGUGCUGUACCAGACAUACACAUGGGAGCAUCCUACAGGAAAAGAGAGGGUUUCAAACGGAAGGGGAAGAGAGGUUUUUUCUUUCUCAUUAUAUGUUGUUUUGAGUGGUUGGUCAUUUGGAAAAAGACAAAAACAAACUAAUAAAACCAUCUCCCUACUUCA